AUGGCGUCGCAGCUCGGCAAAAAUAACUACAGGCUCCGCUUCGCUGAGCAUCCUGGUUGGCCGACCGAUUUCGUGUGGAAGGGUGCCAUGGCGACUAUUGACCAAUCUAAGGGGCAGUCUGUGUGGGGCGCCGUGCUUAAAAUCAACGAAAGUGAUCUUCCGCGGUUGUAUGAGCAAGAAACAGUAAACCAAGGGUUUUACCGUUGCCUGGAUCCUGUCACUAUCACGCCCCUAGAACAGGCUCAAGAUGUUCUCCAGUGCUUUACUCUGCAAAUGGUGGAUCCUAUCUUCGACAAGAAACCGUCACCUCACUACCUGAAAGUUAUCCUCGCUGGAGCAAGACAGAAACGUCUACCAGGCGACUAUCAAAAAUACCUGGCUGAUAUAGAUCAUAACGGUUACGACGGAUCUCUGCCAUUAUUCGAUAAGAUCAUGACGAAUGUUCAUCUCGAACAUUGAAUUAAGUACUAAUACUUUGAAUAUGAGUGAAUUAAGCACUGUGGACUCCAACACUUAAAAGUCUGGGCCAUUCACAUUGUAAUCGAGUCCCCUCUACUGCAGUCUUUGACGUAUUCCCGGAGUUUACACCUUGUUUUCAAGUUCCUCUUGCAGAAAAGUAAAGAUGUCUAAAUGUGGACUGUGGUCAGUGAAAGCUUGCAUCCAGUUAAUGGCACGGCCGUUCAUUUCACCAAGAUACCCAUUCAGUUCAUGGGAAACUCGAGAAGGAACAUGAGAACAAUGAACUGUCGUUGGCUAAUGCCAAAGUAGUUGUCAGUACUCUGUGCUACUCGGUAGAAUCACUUUUCUUGUGGUCAACUUAAUAAACCAGCGUCGUCUCAAAUAACGCCAAUUCUGGGUGUUUUUAGAUAUUUUAAAAAUGCUGUUUUAAAUAUGUAAGUUUAUUUAAGUCCUGAACAUUUAACUCGACGAGCAAGCUUUAUAAUCUGCCAGGGCGCAUAUCGUCAGCCGUAAAAACUCUUUGUCAACAUUACCUUUUUGUG